AUGCUACUCCUGGUCAUUAGCACCCUUCUCGGGAUAGUAGCGUCAUCGCCAACCCACCCAAAGGCACGCAACUUCAUUUAUAUCGUCCCGGAUGGCUAUGGUGUCGCCUCUCAGGUCCUCGCCAGGGACUAUCAAGCUAUCCUCCACGGACAUGGUCACGCCCUGCGUCCCAAUAGCCCCCAGCUUGGAGCAGAUCCUCUGGUGAUCGGCACGGUCAGAACUCAAGCAUCCGAUACCCUGACCACCGACUCCGCUGCCUCGGCCACGGCCUUUGCCUGUGGUGUCAAGACUUAUAAUGGAGCCGUCGGCGUUGACGACGAUGGUGUACCCGUGGCGUCAGUCCUCGAGGCUGCUCAUCUUAGCGGCUUCAAAACUGGUCUUGUUGUAACCACUCGUAUAUCUCACGCAACUCCCGCUUGCUACGCUUCUCAUGUCCUCGACCGUGGUGCCGAAAAUGAUAUCGCCGCCCAGGAAAUCGGAUACUCUCACCCUCUCGGUAACGUCGUCGACCUCCUCCUCGGGGGCGGACGGCGCCACUUUCUCCCCACGUCCGAAGGAGGCCGCCGUGGAGACGGAGUCAACCUCAUCGAUUAG